AUGAAAGUCGAGAAGAAACUAUCCUAUGACAAAAAGCUAUGCAACCUCUUGGAUGAGUACAGACAUGUUAUAAUCAAUAAUGCUGAUAUUAUCAAGCUCGAUUCAUUACGCAACUCAUCCUUCCAAAUGUUGAUCAAGAAAGGAGACAAAGUGACUUCUUCUGAGGUUGCUCUCCUAGCCAAACUUGGGAUAAGAUCCUUCUCAUGCGGGCUUGUGGUUCUCUCUGUUUAUGACAAUGGAUCUGUCUUCAUCCCAAAUGUGCUUAAUUCCAUUGAGGAUGACCUUAUUGAUAAGUUUACAGCUGUUGUUUCUAUGGUUGCUUCGUCAUCACUGGUUCUUUCUUAUCUAACUCUUGCAGUUGUGCUUGGGUGCUCAUCAAUACUUACAAGAAUAUUUUUGCCGGUGUUGUUGACACUAAAUGCACCUUCAUACAAGUUGAAGGAGUAUCUCAAGGAUCCAAGCAAAUUAACUUCAAAAGUUCCCUCUUCUAUUGUAUGA